UAGCUGCCCCCCCCCCCCAUACCAGACAGUGAAGCAGCCUGUCAGAAUGCUCACAACGGAAUACCUAUAGAAGUUUUUGAGUGUUUUAGUAGUCAUGGCGGUUCCAAGGUUGUCAAGCCGAGGAGUGGUAGUGGGGACAAGCUCCCACUACCUAAGAGUGCACCUCAUGGCAUGCGCCUCAAAUAGCCUCUGACAACCGUCCAACUCCUGGCCUUCUUGUGUGGCUUAGCCUCUAAGCCCAGCAGAACCAUUUCUACUGACAGGAGAAAGGGCGAAGGCAGGUCCUGGCGCCUUAAAACCAGUGCUUCGGGUAGAUAGAGCUCGUCAGCCUGGGAAGGCAGUCCAUCUAAGGGAGGGAAAACUCUGAUUUCAAACCUCCGCUGCCUUGCGGCCAUACCCACUUAAGGGAAAGGCUUCGGGAGUAAACCCUGAGGACAAAUCCAGAGCUGGAGUCCCUAAGGCAGUCUGAAGUUGACUUCAACCUUGCUCUGGCAACUCCUGUGACAUCAUUUUUAGUCAGCGGGUUGUGGAUUUAUGGAAUUUGUUGCCACAUACAGCUGUGGAGGCCCAAUCAUUGAAGGUUUUUAAGGAGGAGAUUGACAGGUAACUGAUUAGUCAGGAUAUCAAGGGAUAUGGGAAAAAAGCUGGAAAUUGGAACUAGACGGGAGAAUAAUUUAGCUCAUGGUGGAGUGGGCCAAAUGGCCUACUUCUGCUCCUUUGUCUUGUGAUCAUUUGAAGCUGUAUCGGCCCUUGCCUCUCCCUUGGUCAACAUCAGUGGCGUGGAGAGGGGAGACUUACUGCUUGGGCAACUGCCGGUCUUUCAUACAACCUUUCCCAGGCCUGCACCCCGGAGACGACAUUCGCAAGACUUUCCAGGUGCAGAUCCGAGGUCUCAUAAGACUAACAGAUGCCAUCUUAGUCAUGACUAACCUCUCAAAGCAUUUUAUCACCAUCGAUGUGACUGCUACAGGGUGAUAGUCAUUAAAGCAGCUAACACUACCCUUCUUAGACACUGCUGUAGUUGUUGCCAGUCCAUAUUCCAAUUUCAUUUUUCCAACUUUCGUAAGGCUUGUUCUUGUCGAACGCUGGCAAGAACCUUUAGUUGGAAACCAUCCUCUGUUACCACUUAUAACAUUCAAACAACAAAGACAAGAUUUUCUUUCAUUUUAACAACUUUACUUUCUCCAUUCACAUUUAAUACACCAGCUGCUAUUUUCUCCCCCCAACCUCCCUCAUGUACAUAUCUAUAAGAGGGAAAAUGCACAUGCCCAAAUGAACGGAACUCAACAGAGCACAUCCGCCAGUUGGAUGGCACAGGUUUUCAGAGCCCUACCACGUGCUCCAUCAGGGCCUGUCACUCUCUUGAAAGACAGCCUGACGUAGGCCUCCAAGACACAGAUCACCGGGUCACUGUAUGCUGCAGGAAUCUUCAUUGCUGUAGUUUUAUUCUCCCUUUCAAAGCACGCAUAAAAGGUGUUGAACUCAUCUGGAAGUGAAGCAUCGCUGCCAUUCAUAAGGUUAGGUUUCACUUUGUAGAAAACCUACAGCACAAUACAUACAGCAAACGUUAUAGGAAGUAAAUAAAACUGCAAAUCCCGCCAGAGGAUGUGCAUCCUAUUCCUCCUCCAACCUCGUUCAAAAUUGUUCCUUUGCUCAAGAUAGCCCUCCGUAAAUCAUAGCUGGUUCACCAGACUUGAAUUCCAUAUAUUUAUCCCUCAGCAGACUACGAACCUCUUGGUUCAUUCAUGGCUUUUGAUUUGGGUAUAUACAGAAUAUUCUCGUAGGCACACGCUCACACAGGUUUUAAUGAAAUCAGUGUGGCAUACUCAUUCAGUCUCAAAGACAGAUCCCUGAAUACAGACUAGUUCACCAAUUCAAAGCAGUCCUGCAAGCGCUCCUGUGCUUCCAUUGUCCAUACCUCCUUGAUCCUCACUCCUAUGCUGCGGUCUUCAGUCCCUGCCUAUACUCAGGGAUUAGAAGUACAGCCAGGUGAUCAGACUUUCCAAAGUGUGGUUGUGGGAAAGCAUGGUAAGCACUCUUGAUGGUGGUCGAAAGUGUUGAUUCCUCUAGUUCCACAAGUGAAAUGUUGGUAAUAAUUAUUUAGAGACUUUUUCAAGCUGUCCUAGUUAAAAUCCCCCAUAAUAGUGUGGAAUGCAUCAGGGUGUGCUGUUUCAUGCCUGUUCAUUACAUUACUCAGCUCGUCUAAAGCCUGUUUGACACCAGGCUGAGGUGGGAUGUACACCGUUAACAAGAUUAUGUCUGAAAACUCCCAUGACAGAUAAAACGGAUGACACUUAAUCGCAAAUGUUUCGGGUCAGGUGGGCAGGACUGUGACAGCACCACCAGGUCUGUACACAACAGCAACCAUGAUCAUAAAACAUACUCCACCUCCUCUGCCUUUGAAAGACAGCUGUCCUAUCUUGCCAUUUCUAUUAUGAUCCUAUUGUGUUUCUUGGAUUUACUGAGGUAUGCCAGUAAGAAAAUUAAUCUCAGGCUUGUAUAUAGUGGCAUAAACUGUGUGUAUUUUGAUAAUAAAUUUACUUUGAACUCUAAACGGAUUCUACAACCUACACACUUGCAUUCAAGGACUCUUCACUCAGAUGUUCAGUAUUUUUCUUUUAUUUGAACAAUUUGUCUUCUUUUGCACAUUGGUUGUUUGUAGUACUUUAUGUGUAGUUUUUAAAAUUCUAUUGUAUUUUAUUUUUUCUACAAAUGCUUGCAAGAAAAUGAAUCUCAAAGGAGUAAACAUAUAUGUACUUUAAUAAUAAAAUUGCCUUUGACUUUGAGGUAGUGCAGAAUGUCUUAAGAUGUAUGCUGGCCUAUAAUUUCCUUUCUUCUGCCUUUUUCCCUUGAAGAGUGCAGUGACAUUUGCAAUUUUCCAUUCUUCCUGAACCAUUUCAGAAUCAAGUGAUUCUCGAAAGAUCAUUACUAAUGCCUCCACAAUCUCUUCAGCCACCUCUUUCAGAUCACUGGGAUGCACACCAUCUGGUCCAGGUGACUUAUCUACCUUCAGACCUUUCAGUUUCCCAAGAACCUUCUCUCUAGUUUUGGUAACUUCACACAUUUCAGACCACUGACACCUGGAACUUCCACCAUACUGCUAGUGUCUUCCACUGUGAAGAUUGAUGUAAAAUAUUUACUCAAUUCGUCUGCCAUUACUACCUCUCCAGUAUCUUUUUCCAGCUGUCUAAUAUCCAUCUCACUUCUCUUUAUACUUUAUGCAUCUGAAGAAAUUUUUGGUGACCUUUUUUAAUAUUAUUGGCUAGCUUACUUUCAUAUUCUGGUAGCGCCCCCCCCCCCCCACCCCAGCUGUAAUAGCAUGGCGCCACCAUGGUGCCAUGUAUAGAGUUUGAGAGGUUAUGUUACAAUUGUACACAACAUUGGUGAAGCUUCACUUGGAGCACCGUGUGUCGUUUUGGUCACCCUGUUAUGAGAAAAGUAGAAAUGUACAACACAGAAACAGGCCAUUCAGCCCACAGUGUCUGUGCUGAGCAUGACACCAAAUUAAGCAUCCCCUUCCUGCACUAGAUCCAUAUCUCUCUAUUCCCUGUACAUCCAUGUGUCUGUCUAAAAGCCUCUAGAAUGCUAGUGUUGUACCUACCAGUCCAGACAGCCAUUCCAAGCCCCCACUACUCUGUGUAGAAAAAAAAAUCUUGCCCCACACAUCCCUUUUAAACCUAUCAUAAACGGAUAUCCUUUCCCGUUUACAUUUCUACUCUAGGAUAAAUAUCCUAACUGUCAACUGUAGCAUUGCCUUUCAUAAUUUUACAAACCUCUCUUCCACUCACCACCAGCCUCCAGCACUCCAGAGAAAACAACCCAAGUUUGUCCAUCCUUGUUAAAGAUACUGAUGGUCCACGAUUACUGGCUGCCUGAGAAGAAAGGCCACGCCCUCACUCCAAUGUAGAUAAAGAUGUCUCUCCUGCUUCACUUGGAUUCUCAGCGAAUAGUGCCCCCAUGUUUUGACCAGCUGUCACCAUCUCUUCAAUGUCCACUCAUUCAAUACACAAAAGAUUUUCCAGCACCUCAGUCUUCAACCUGCUCUCUGUGUUAUUAAUCUGGGAAAAAGGCAGAAAAGAUUUACACAGAUGUUGAGGGUUUUGAGAGGAGAGGUUUGACGGGUCCCAUCCUUGGAAGGUAGGAGAGUGUAUAAAGUUACAAGGGACAUAGAUAGAUCUUGUUCAAGGAUUGAGGAAUCAAAGAGUUUCAAUCUGAGUUUCAAACAUUCUGUAAAAGAAUGUUUUCUUUUACAGAAGCUGGGCCUUAUACAAGAUGAGUUGCCUAAGGAAGUGGUUACACAGCCGCAGGACAUCAGCAGACACCAUGGACUUUCAAACACUUUCGAAGAUCAGGGACGAAGAGCGUGAGAGCAGUGUGGGAUAUGUGCAUGGAGUCUCAGGGCCAGUUGUUGUGGCUUCCAGCAUGUCAGGUGCAGCGAUGUAUGAGUUGGUACGUGUCGGCCAUGAAGAGCUGGUGGGGGAGAUUAUCCGUUUAGAGGGGGAUUUAGCCACUGUUCAAGUCUACGAAGAAACCUCUGGUGUGUCUGUCGGAGACCCCGUCCUGAGGACAGGUAAGCCCCUCUCGGUGGAACUGGGCCCUGGCAUCAUGGGUGCCAUCUUUGACGGCAUCCAGCGGCCCCUGAGUGACAUCAGCCUGGAAACAGGCAGCAUCUACAUCCCCAGGGGGAUAAACGUCCGGGCCCUGAGCACAGAGAAGAUGUGGGAGUUCACGCCUGCACACGGACUCCGGGUGGGCAGUCAUGUCACUGGGGGAGACAUCUUUGGCACUGUUGUGGAGAACUCCCUGAUCCAGCAUCGCAUCCUGGUGCCCCCACCGACCCGAGGCACCGUCAGCUUCAUCGCCCCACCUGGAAACUACUCCGUCAAGGAUGUGGUAAUGGAGCUCGAGUUCGAGGGGCAGAAGGAGCCAUUGACUUUGGUCCACCUGUGGCCCGUACGCCAGGUCCGGCCCACGGCUGAGAAACUGCCCAGUUCACAGCCCCUGCUGACUGGCCAGAGGGUGCUGGACGCUCUCUUCCCGUGUGUGCUUGGGGGCACUACAGCCAUCCCCGGUGCCUUUGGCUGUGGGAAGACUGUCAUCGCCCAGUCGCUCUCCAAGUUCUCCAACAGUGACAUCAUUGUCUACGUGGGCUGUGGGGAACGUGGCAACGAGAUGGCCGAGGUGCUCCGUGACUUCCCCGAGCUGACCAUGGAGGUGGAGGGAAAGUUGGAGACCAUCAUGAAGAGGACCACACUCAUUGCCAACACCUCCAACAUGCCCGUGGCCGCCCGUGAGGCCUCCAUCUACACCGGUAUAACCAUCUCAGAGUAUUUCCGUGACAUGGGUUACAACGUCAGUAUGAUGGCGGACUCCACCUCCCGCUGGGCUGAAGCUCUCCGUGAAAUCUCUGGUCGCCUCGCGGAGAUGCCUGCAGACAGUGGGUAUCCGGCCUAUCUGGGUGCCCGUCUUGCCUCUUUCUAUGAGCGGGCAGGACGGGUGAGAUGCCUGGGCAGUCCCGAGAGGGAGGGAAGUGUCAGCAUUGUUGGAGCAGUGUCACCCCCAGGAGGGGACUUCUCAGACCCAGUCACCGCUGCCACCCUCGGCAUUGUCCAGCCCUGCCUCCAUUCUGUGCUGAGAUCGGAUAUUCAACCCUCGGGCCUCGAAACUCCGAUGGGUGGUGAAACUCAAAACGGCUGCUUACUCAAUCCAGCUGUCCUGUCUGGUCCUGUCCCACCUCAUCCCGACCCGUCUUGUCCCAUUCCAUUCCGACUCGGCCAGUACCAUCCCAUCAGCACUAUCAGGAUACUGGGCAGGUCCCUCACUGAGGGAGGCCCUGUGAGGGAAUGCCUCGCUAUGGUGUUCUGGGGACUGGACAAGAAGCUGGCCCAGCGGAAACACUUUCCCUCCGUCAACUGGCUGGUGAGCUACAGCAAGUACAGCCGGCUGCUAGACGAUUACUAUGACAAACACUUCCCCGAGUUUGUCGCUCUCCGGAACCGCGCCAAGGAGAUCCUGCAGGAGGAGGAGGACCUGGCGGAAAUUGUGCAGCUGGUUGGCAAGGCAUCCUUGGCUGAACUGGACAAGAUAACUCUGGAGGUGGCCAAGUUGCUCAAGGAUGACUUUCUGCAGCAGAAUGGACACACCUCGUAUGACAGGUACUGCCCUUUCUACAAGACGGUGGGGAUCCUGAAGAAUAUCAUCGCCUUCUACGACCUGGCACGUCACUCGGUGGAGACCACGGCCCACUCCGACAACCGCCUCACCUGGUCCCUCAUCCGGGACAACAUGGGUGAUGUCCUGUACAAAUUGAGUGCCAUGAAGUUUAAGGACCCAGUCAAGGACGGGGAGGUGAAGAUCAAGUCAGACUACACCCUCCUCCUGGAAGAAAUGCAAAACGCCUUUCACAACCUGGAAGACUAACAGCAGUACAGGGUAGUGGCUCUGCUGGGAUCGGGGCCCCCACCUCGCAAACCUCCUGCUGGGAUCGGGGCCCCCACCUCGCAAACCUCCUGCUGGGAUCGGGGCCCCCACCUCGCAAACCUCCUGCUGGGAUCGGGGCCCCCACCUCGCAAACCUCCUGCUGGGAUCGGCCCCCACCUCACAAACCUCCUGCUGGGAUCGGGGCCCCCACCUCGCAAACCUCCUGCUGGGAUCGGGGCCCCCACCUCGCAAACCUCCUGCUGGGAUCGGGGCCCCCACCUCGCAAACCUCCUGCUGGGAUCGGGGCCCCCACCUCGCAAACCUCCUGCUGGGAUCGGGGCCCCCACCUCGCAAACCCCCUGCUGGGAUCAGUCUCGUCAACUUGCAAACCUGCUGGGAUCGGGGCCCCCACCUCGCAAACCUCCUGCUGGGAUCGGGGCCCCCACCUCGCAAACCCCCUGCUGGGAUCAGUCCCGUCACCUCACAAACCUCCUGCUGGGAUUGGGGCCCCCACCUCGCAAACCUCCUGCUGGGAUCGGGGCCCCCAC